AUGUAUAGGCUGGCGCAUCUUCACUUCACACUGGAAUCCGAUUUGGACAAGUCGAUGGCAAUCCUGAUGGGUCCAUUCGACCAUGUCACUAAGGUCGAACUCGGUGGUCUGUUCAAGGACCGUCGGCAAAGCAAUUUCUUCCAUGGUGUUUGGCGUAUUCCAACCUCGGACAUUGAUAGGAGCGGCAACUUUGCUGCCCACAUGUACCGGUCCACAUCACUUGUGCUGGAAGUACUCAAGAAACGUGGAGAUUGGCGUCGACUGCUUCAGGUGUUUCAUCAGUUGCGGAAGCAGCCGCCAGAAGACAAUCUCCGAUGGGACACCCGCGCAUGCCUUCUUGAGGAGAAGCUCGCAUGGAUUUGGAAACCGGUAUGUGUGAGAACGACUCUCAAACUGUCCCUGGCCGAUUUGGGCCUCCGAGAUAAUGCUCUGUCUACAGACGCAUCCGGACCGAGUAUUUCGACCGAAGCUGUUCUAAAACGCUGUUCUGAACUGAUGCCGCAAUCACCAUCCAAGGCUUCGAGCACUGUUCAGCGUGUCAAUCUGCCUCUCCAAGGCGCCUUGUCAACUUCUUAG